GCGUCGAGAACCCGCCGCACGCUUCUCGAGAAGCGCACCGCCGCCGUCUUCGUCCGUUUCUCGAGCCCGCCGCGCGCGCUCCUUCGCAUCGCGCGCGACGCCCGCGGAUCUCCGAGGAGGAGGAUCGACGCUCGGUCGAAUCGGGAAGCCGCGGCGAGCGCGCGAAUCGAAUCGCGUCGACCGUCUCUCGCUCGCGCCAUCGCGCUCGCUCGCCAUGGGGAUCGGCAGCCUGUUCAUCGUGAACAACAAGACCUCCGCGCUGUGCGCGUGCAAGCACUGGGGCCCCGCGGUCGCGUUCGGCGCGUGCGACAAGGUCUUGGAGCGGCACCGGCUCAGCGCGAAGAGCAACGUCGUCGGCGACGUGUGCGUCGUCGACGGCUCGCAGUACCUCUUUCACGUCGCGCGCGGGGAGAUCACGUACGUGGCGACGACGGAGCGCGAGACGGAGCCGCUCAUGGUGAUCGAGUUCCUGACGCAGCUGCACGUGGUUCUGAAGUCGUACUUCGGGGACGUCACCGAGGCGGUGUUGCAGGAACACCACGUGACGCUGUACCAGCUCCUGGACGAGAUGCUCGACAGCGGCGUCCCGGUGAACACGCACCCCGGCGGCCUCAAGGCGCUCGUCCCUCCGCCGAGCCUCGUGAAUCGCGUCUCGUCGCAAGUCUUCGGGCAUCAGGGCGUGCUCGUGAGCGAUCAAGACCCCUCGAAGGCGCUGCCGUUGCCGUGGCGCUCGAACGGCAUCAAGUACGCGUCGAACGAGAUCUACCUCGACGUCAUCGAGUCCAUCGACGCGACGUUGGACGCGGAGGGGCGAGUCCUGACGUCGGAGGUGCACGGCGUCGUGGAGGUGAACUGCCGGCUCAGCGGGAUGCCCGACGUGUCGCUGGGUCUGUCGAACUCGCACCUCAUCGAGGAGUACAACUUCCACCCGUCCGUGCGGCUCUCGCGGUUCGCCGCCGACCGCGUCGUGUCUUUCGUCCCCGCGGACGGCACGUUCACGCUGAUGACGUACAAAGUGCGCGCGCCCGACCCGCGCGCCGCGCAGCUCCCUCUGUACAUCCGCCCGCAGGCGACGUUCGGGGCGACGCAAGGCCGCGUGUCCAUCGUCUGCGGGACGAAGCCCUCGGCGGAGAAGCCCGUGGAGGCGGUGCGAUUGGAAGUUCGGCUCCCCGCGAGGACGAGCUUCGCGGAUCCCACGUCCACGCACGGAGUGGCGACGUACGACGACGCGUCGCACAGCGUGCUGUGGAGCAUCGAGACGUUCCCGAAGGAUAAGACGCCGUGUCUGACCGUCGCGCUGAACAUGGAGGAGAGCGAGGGGGGCGGCGGGGGCGGGGGGGGAGGGGGUUCCUCGAGCGAAAAGACGGCGCGCGCGAGGACGGUUUCUCUGCAAGAGAUCGUGGACGUGCAGGCGACGUUCGCGGUGAAGGGCGUCGGCGUGAGCGGGAUAAAGGUGGAGUCCGUGCAGGUGAGGAACGAGAAGUACACGCCGAGUCAGGGGGUGCGGUAUCACACCCGGGGGGGGCGCGUCGUCGUGCGAACGUGACGUGACGCGACGCGACGUACGCGUAACGACGACACACUGACCG